UGUGGUGGUGGUUGUUCGUGUUUAGUUUUGUCGUUUGGUUGAUUCGUUGUGAAGCUGUGUGGACCCUGCAAAAGCCUCACAGUCGCGUAUAAGUGACUAUCGACCUGCACAAGUAUAUCACACCCCUCCCAGGUGACUGGCGAUGCUUUCGACGUCGCGCGAUAGCACCGGAACCAUGGCCUGAUCGUCCGGACGGAGUCCGUGUUUGCGUUGAUGGUGCCGCAGUGCGCACGGACUACGGGCACCGCAGUUUCUCCAAUGAUGUAGACCCGCGAUUUGUACCGCAGCCAUGGCAUCGCAGAAUAAUCCCGAAGGCAAAAACUGGUCGAAUCCCGCCAGUGGCGGCACGACCAACAAUGUGAGCCAAUCUGCAUUAGUUCUUCCGUGGGGCGCUCGCAAGGAGCGACAGCCGUUUCCCCCGGGAAUACACUUUGAUACUGAUGUCAAACCCGGUGAAUUUGUGUUGCGCGUGCUCUUUGCUGAGUUUACACUGCAAGCGGAGAAAAAAAUUCGCACUGUGCUCGCUGAGCCACUGGAGCGACCAGUUUCCAAGUCAUUGCAACGGGGCGAGGAUGCUGUGUUCGAUCAGCUGCUGUCCGCGUUCGGUUCAGUGGCCGAGCACUGCCUCCCGUCGUUACUGCGCACCCUGUUUGCAUGGUAUGACCGGCAAACGGUGGAGACCGUCGACAUGCAGAGGCCGCGCGCGGACUCGCGGGCCAAGAGCGAGUCUGAACCCCGCAGUGACCGUGACUACUUGCACGAACGCAGAGAUCUUGCGAUUGAGUUCAUCUUCUGCCUGGUGCUCAUCGAAGUGCUCAAGCAGCUGCCGCUGCACCCGGGACACGAAGAUCUGGUCAGCCACAUCGAAUCGCUGGCCUUCAAGCACUUUCGCUACCGCGAAAGUUCGCAGACAGGCCCGAACGCUCAGAAUUACAACAUUGUAGCCGACUUGUACGCCGAAGUAGUGGCUGUGCUGGCGCAGUCACGAUUCCAAUCGGUGCGCAAGCGUUUCAUGGCCGAGCUGAAGGAGCUUCGCGCCAAGGAGCCAAGCCCUCACACAACACAGAGCAUCAUUAGCUUACUCAUGGGCAUGAAAUUCUUCCGCGUGAAGAUGGCACCCAUAGAGGAGUUUGAAGCUUCAUUUCAGUUCAUGCAAGAAUGUGCCAGUUACUUCCUCGAGGCCAAGGACAAGGAUGUCAAACAUGCCCUUGCUGGCCUUUUUGUCGAGAUCCUUGUUCCUGUCGCUGCUACUGUCAAGACGGAAGUUAAUGUACCAUGUCUAAAAAACUUUGUCGAAAUGUUGUACUCGCAAACCCUUGACCUCUGCACCAAGAAAAAGCACAGUCUGGCACUGUUUCCACUGGUGACCUGUUUGCUUUGUGUGAGCCAAAAACUAUUUUUCCUUCAGAAUUGGCACUGCUUUCUUGCAAUGUGUCUCUCUCACCUCAAGCAUCGGGAUCCAAAGAUGUGUCGUGUGGCACUAGAGUCACUGUACCGACUGCUUUGGGUAUACAUGAUUCGUGUAAAGUGCGAGAGCAACACGGCUACACAGACUAGGCUUCAGAGCAUUGUUAACUCACUUUUCCCGAAGGGGUCCAAAGCAGUUGUGCCACGGGACACCCCACUGAACAUUUUUGUCAAGAUCAUUCAGUUCAUAGCGCAGGAGCGCCUUGACUUUGCCAUGAAAGAAAUUGUGUUUGAUCUGCUCUCUGUUGGCAGGCCAAUCAAGAUAAUUCUUACCCCUGAGAGAAUGAGCAUUGGAUUGCGAGCUUUUCUCGUCGUUGCUGACAGCCUGCAACAAAAAGAGGGCUGUCCACCAAUGCCUCGAACUGUUGGUGUUCUUCCAUCAGGAAACACCCUCAGGGUGAAAAAGACAUUUAUUAACAAAGUGCUCACAGAGGACACUGCCAAGAGUAUCGGCAUGUCUCAGUACUACUACUACGUUCGAAAGGCUUUUGAUGACAUCCUUAAAGCACUUGAUGUCCAGUUUGGUAGACCUCUAAUGAUGACUACAACACAAAAUGCCAACAAGGAACCAGAUGACAUGAUAACGGGGGAGCGAAAACCCAAGAUUGACCUUUUUCGCACCUGUGUUGCUGCAGUGCCACGACUAAUUCCUGAUGGAAUGCGAAGGCAAGAACUAGUGGAGAUGCUGUCAAGGUUGACAGUUCACAUGGAUGAGGAAUUGCGUGGCUUGGCAUUUCAGGCACUGCAGAACAUGGUGCUGGACUUUCCGGAAUGGAGAGAGGACGUCAUUCAAGGUUUCAUCCAGUUUAUUCUUCAGGAAGUCAAUGACACAUUUCCACAACUGCUGGACAAUGCCUUGCGCGUGCUGCUACAGUUCUUGACCACAUGGAAGAAUGCUCUAAAUGGUUGUGGCGUCAAGAAGGAGGUGCCGGAGAUACGAAUCGAACAGAUGACAAGUGCCUUGCAUCUUGUUGAGGGUGUGGCUUUGGUAAUGCUCUGCAACUGUAGGUUGUCUACACGACGUCUUGCAGCUCACAUCCUCAAGGAGACCAAGGUUGUAAUGAAACUGCAGCUGCCACCACGUGCAGAAGAGCCUGUUGUGGAUGUCAUUGACCGAGCUUGCCCAGUUGCCAUUGAAAAGUGUCUGCCCUACCUUCCAGCUUCAGAGAAGUCGGCAGUCCUGUCUGCGCCAGUCGUGGAUCUACAGUGGCUGGCUGAGCGAUCCAGCUCAGCUUGGACCACAGGCAGCCCUGAAGGCAGUACGGAAAACUCUAACAGAAGUCCCUUGGAUGUUCUAGAUUUGUCUUGCAUGGAUGCCUGGUGUGCGUGCCUCAUGAGUUUCAUCCACCAGGACUAUGUUCUGAAGCAUUGUCCUACAGCUGUGACACAGUCAUGGCCGAUUGUGACCUCACGGAUCACUUGUCUCUUCACUCACAUCGAACUCAAUCCAGUGAAUGACAACCGAGCUUCGCUUCUUCGUACUGCAACUGUCAAAAAGGCACCCACAGAAAGGGAUGUGUAUCUCAGCCUGUGGAGAAACUACCUUCUUUAUGCCUGCCGUGUCGCACCUUCCAACAGCAACAUCACCGUUCGCUAUCUCUCGCCUGACCUGAGCUUCAGCUCCUCUCCCGAGAACAUGUCUUCUGACCGGGCUGAACAUAGGUUUACAGGCAUCAGCAACAGUGGAAUAAGUGCUUCUACAUUGUUCAAGCAGAUUGUGCCCCUUUUAAGAAGCGAACAGAUGGAUCUGAGAGGAGCUGUUGUCCUCGGAUUGUCUCAUGUCAACAGUCUUGCGCUCAAGGAUUUGAUGGAAGAACUGGUUGGCUACAUCCGAGAGGCCAUUGACAGAAAGCAGGAAAAUGUACGUCGCAGGAGACGACGUGACAUACUUCGCCUCCAGCUUACACGACUGAUGGAAUCGGUCGCCGAGCAUGGUACCUUUGGAGUGAGUUCCUGCAUUCUGGACCGUGAUGCUGGCACACUCAAUACCUCUUUUGUGGAGUACAUUGACGGGGCACGACUCUUUCUCGAAAGUGAGAAUGACAAGGACGUGCCCGAAAUUGUGCAGGAGAUCAAGCUUCACUUCUGCAACUUUGUCCAUAAGCUCAUCAAGAGCUUUUCUUUGGAGAAUCACACUCACCUCCUCGGCCAUGAUCUGAGGCGCAACCUUUUCUAUCUUUUCGCCACAUGGAGUGGAAAUCUCGGUGUGCCCUUCGGCGUUGUAGAGAAGCGAAAUUCGGCCGAUGAGAGCCUCACAGAAUUGGAAUUCUCAGCACUCCAGGCAAUGUCCUCUGUUCUUUGCUGUGGGCCGUGCAUGGACCCGCCUGGCCUGAACGAAGAGAGCGUCAUCUACCACUGGUUGGACAGCCUGCUUAGGUCCAAUGAUGAAAGGUUAUACCACCUGGCUCAAGAGACAGUUGUCCUGUUGUUGGACUUCAAUCAAGAUGCAGGCAUGCUGUUGGACUGGCUCGUGGACCGCUGCUACACCGGGGAACCUCAGCUGGCAGAUGGCUGUUUCACAGCACUUGCAACGGUGUUUAGUGUGCGUGAAUACCCGUGCGACCACUACAUGGCCAUCAUCUGCGUCACGCUUCUGAAUGCCGGUUGUCCGAGGGCAAACAUUCAGGAGAUGGCACUGCAGCUGCUGCACAUUCUCGACCAUCGCUUCUUCCACUCCAAGUCGGCCCUCACCAUAGAGGACGACCAACAGGACAGCAUACAACUGCGUCAUCGUUCCCUCUCUGGUGACGGUCUCAUCAUAGCUGGCUACCCUUGCUCCCAGGAAGAGCUGUGCCGUCAGAUGGCUCAGGUGCAUCCUGAGCUGACCAUGCGGCUCUUCUCGGAGGUGACAGGACGGUUCCAGACAGCACGGCCAGAAGUGCGCCAGAAUUUGCUUCGAUGCCUGCUGCCCUGGCUGGGAAACAUGCACCUCGUUGAUCCACACUUGACCCCUGGCCAUCCUCAGGAGCUUGAGGCUUUAGCACCUGGUGAACGUCGAGAGGGCUGGGGAUCGGCUGAAGCCACAGAAAUGGUGCUGAACAACUUAUUCUACCUGACGGCAAAGUUUGGGGACCAGCAUCCCAAGGAGACGGAAGAACUGUGGGCCCUGCUGUGUCGCAGUGGGGCCUCCAAUCUGCGAGUGGUGGUGCGCUACCUGCUGAUUGUGGCGGGGCUAGCCCCCGGAGAGCUGCUCCCAUCAGCCAAGCGCGUGGCAUUACACAUGGGGCGUGCCUGCCCUGAUCGGCUGCUGGAUGCCCUCCUUGCAGAGAUGCAGCUGGCUGAGACGCUGGGCUUCUCAGUCGAGCGAACCGAGACGCCACCAUUCUUCCGUCUCACCAGCGCCCGCAAGGGCAGCAGCAGCCACUCAGAUGACGGCAACCAGGCUCCAGAUGUUGCCCAGGAACGUGGCACACUGCACACCAAGCGACGCAGCACAGAGGACGGUUCAAACGAGUGUCGAGGUGGUUCUCUGAGGAGCAACUCUAGCGACCGGUCGCGUCAAGACCGCUCGAUGUUGCUGUCUGCUGACGAGCCCAGGCAGGAGUCCCAGCCAGAUGAGGAGCCAGAAGCACUGGACAACUUUGCCUUGCUGCGUCGGGCGGCUGAAUCAGAAGCAAAGCCAGAGACACCUCAGCCACAUCCGUUGCCAAUGCCUGAAUAUGGUGGCUAUUAUGCACCACUGUCUGAGUUCCUUCCUGAAAGCUCUCUGCCUGUGGUAGGCUUUCACAGGUGUAACUUGGCGGUCAUGUUGCUCACGGAUGUUGUGGUGAGUGGCGUGCCUCUGGAUUGGGGGCCUCACCUGCCCAUGCUGCUCCACGUGCUCUUCCUUGGGCUCGAUCAUGCUCGGCCGCUCGUGCACGAACACUGCACUCGCCUCUUGCUCAAUUUGCUUGUUGUCGUGGCUCAGCACAGGGACCACCUGGGGAUUGCACGCAUCCUUCUCGACAACCGUGUUCGCCAACUGGGUUAUGGCAUACAUUCCCAGCCACGCGUGCUGUCCACUGCCAACUUUACGGAGCCAGUGUCAAUGACUGAUGCCAUGGCUGCUCACCCUACACCAGCUGCUGCAGCCGCCUCAGUUCAAGACCAGUCAUCAACCAGCCAGUGCAACACGGCUACCUCGUCGUCGACAGCAACGACUAUGACGAUGACGAUGACAACCACUGGAUGCCAAACCAAUACUCAGUCUAGCAGCAACCAGCCAAACUCUGAGUCCACUGUGCGAAUCAAGCUGGGAGGCACAGACCUAGAACAAGAAGUUUGUUGUUCACGGCCCAUUGAAGCAACAAUCAAGGCCCUAAUCGACUUCCUUGCUUCUAAGAAAGACUCGCCCUUGUGGGCUUAUGAAGACAUCACAGCCAAAGUGUGGACCGUGAAAAGUGCGGAGCAGCUGAGCACAUUUGUUCAUCAUGUGGUGACCGUCUUCAAGGACUCGCUUCCGCAGGCUCACAUUGAGCAGCGGUGGGCACAAGUUGCCCUGCAGCUGGCGCUCUCGUGCUCGUCACGUCACUAUGCAGGCCGCUCGCUGCAGAUCUUUCGUGCAUUGCGCGUGCCAGUAACGACACGCAUGCUGGUCGACAUCUUGUCGCGCCUCGUUGAAACUGUCGCUGAACAGGGAGAGGACAUGCAGGGCUAUGUAACAGAGCUAAUGCUCACCCUCGAGGAAGGUGUUGACUCUCUGGACACAAACCUCAGAAUUGAUGAUCUGAUGCGAGAGAUAUUUCAAUCAGCACCAAACAUUGCUGGAAAAGAUAACCGAAGGAGUGCUCCCCCACCCUUGGACUCUCCAGUUGGAACCCCGUUUGUUUCUCACAUACGCAGCACUUCGUACUCAGUCUCCUACUCUGGUAAAAAGCUGCCCGAAAGUCCAACAUCUGACUGCCGUGAGUCCAGGUCACGUGCAUAUACAGACGAUGAGGCAAGGUUGCGGGGAAACAGCCUAGGACGUUCUCGCAGCGCUCUCUCACUGAAAAUGGCUGACGAACAGUACACCCAAGAAGAUAAGAUGACCCUGUUGGCACAGUUCUUUUGGAUCGCUGUGUCCCUUCUCGAUUCUGACUAUGAGCAUGAGUUCCUACUUGCGCUGCGCUUGUUGGACAAGGUGCUCAGCAAGCAGCCACUGGAGAACACAGACUUCCUGGAAAAAGUGGACAAGAUCCAGCACCAGAUGAAGUGGCCCGGCUUUCCUGGACUGCAUGCUCUGCUGCUAAAGGGUUGCACCAGUCCGGCUGCAUUUGACCAGACCAUCAACAUCCUUUGCCAGCUGACCCAUCACCUAGACGUGCCAGUCGUGGACCCUACAGAAUCACUGGCUUUCCCAUUUCACGUAAUGGCGCUGCUUCCAUACCUGCUUUUGAACUUUGAUGACCCUGCUCCAUUGUGCGUCCGUGCUGCAAAGGCCAUUGCCCAGGUGUGCAUGGAGAGAUCGCAAAAGCUGGAGAACCUUGCCACAGUAAUGACUCUCUACAGCCAGCACUCAUUCAGCAAAGAGAACCUGCAGUGGACCAAGUGUGUGGUCAAGUACCUCUAUGAUGCCUACUCUCAUGUAUUCAUUAGCAUAGUCUCUUUCCUCGUUGAGACAGUGGAAAAAGGACCUCCCUCGUUAAUGCAGCAUAUGCUCAACGUCCUCUACUGUAUUCUCCUCUACAUGGACAUCCAAAGUGCGGCACAGACAAUCAAUGCUGACCUUCUGCGAGCCAUUGCUCGCCACGUGGAGGGCUCUCACUGGAAGGACGUGUUAAAGAUCUUGAAGCAUGUUGUGGCUCGGUCAUCCAGCUUGGCUGCACCGCCUUCAUCAGUUCCUGCGUCCCUUUCGGGUGUAACCACAGCUGAUUGCAUUAGUAUUGCCUCCAGCACUUCAUUUGCUGAAUCGGAGUUUUCUGCCAAGCGAGAGCUGCCCGGUCGCACCAUUGAUUUUACGUUUGACCUCUCCAUAACCCCCGUCGUAGGCCUAAACCCCGACACCAAGGAGGAGACAAAUGAGACCAAAGAAGAGAAGAGCUCCCCGAGGCGCAGCUUGUCGCACAAUCAUUCCUUCAGUGAAAAUGGCUCUCUCGGUGGCUGGAGGCGCCCUUGGCUGUCGCAGGGACGAACUCGCGAGCACCUCAUCAGCCUGUUGACGGCCUGUGGCCAACGUGUUGGGCUUCCUAAAAGUCCCUCGGUCAUUUUCAGCCAGACCAGCGACGUUGCCGAGCGUCAGUCCUCCAUGUGCAGCAGUACAGAGGAAGUGUCUGCCACCAACAACGAUGUCUCGGCUGACAGCAAGCUGGACGAUGGCACACACAGUGACCAGCAGUUUGGCAUCUUUAAGGACUUUGAUUUCCUCGAGUACGAGCUGGAAAGUCAGGAAGGCGAGAGCAUGGACAACUUCAACUGGGGAGUGCGGCGCCGGUCGCCCCCCAAUUUCGAGGUGCAGUGCGCAGGUGUGGUCCAGCCCUCUGGAUCUGACUCCAGCAUCACUGUGCGCUACAGUGUCGCCACACCCAGGCGGGAAGAGUCAUCUGAUGACGAUGCUGGCAGUGUUUCACCCCUCUACGAUCACUCGGAGCUGCCAAGUUGCACAAGCAGCCUCGUCUUCCCCGCAAUUUCACUGCCUCUCAAAGGCAGCUUUCGGAGACCUGGAAGCCCUGUGUCGGUAUCAUCGCAGAGCUUUGUCAGUGAUGGUGACCUCACCCUUAGCAAUACUUCGCCGAGCUUCUCUCCACUGACUGCGACUGCACCGCCACUUGAUGAUGCGGAAGAUGCCUGGAGAGCGAGCCUACACCGCCUGAUGGCUGCCUCUUCAGAGGACACCAGUUCCAUCUACCAGACGCUGGGGCGCCUGCUACGAGAGUCAUUCCGUAAAGUCUCCCGCAUGACACGAGAGUCCUGCCAGCUACUGUCCGGCACAGACUGCCUCCGCCGUGUGACUGCCCUGUUUCUCAACGUGCUUGAUGUGCUGGCCACUCAAGCAGAACUGCCCUUCGUCUAUGUGGACCCGCAAGUGACUUCCAUAGGCCGCGGAGGAGCAGUGACAGAGCGUCUGCGAUGCCUGGUGCUGGAGGAGCAGGAGCACUGGGAGACGUUCUUGGAGAAGCGGGAGCAUCUGGCGGAGGCAGCGGAUGCCGUGCGUUCGGGUGCCAAGCUGGAGGCCCUCGGUGAAGCCCUCUCCCAGGAACUCCUCCUGGAGCAGCGCCUUGACCUCUGCCGUGCCCUCUACCGGCUACACUUUCAGGUCCUGCUGCUGCUAGAAGGCUACCGGCGCCUGCUGGAGCAACUUGGCUGGGCUGCGCCGCAGUGGCAACUAGCCGACCUGUCCCAGGAGCUGACGGCCGUGCGCAGCGAGGUGCUGCGCUCUAUUGAAGACACUGAGAGUGAACGACUUUCGCCACCACCUCCUCAGGGCGCUGAAUCUGCCGACCCCGAGGACACCCUGGCUGCACUGCUGAACGAACGGCGGUGGGCCGAAGUGGCCAGGCACCUACACGGCCAACACAGCCCUGGAGAGGAGGAAGACCUAGAAGCUGUGCUUGCCGCCUACUGCCAGCAUCUUAGCCAGCAGCGAGCGGGCAUGCCGCCAUUUUUCGCCAUGACCCAUCCUGAUCCAGACCUGGCGGUAGUUGGACAGCGGCUGCGGGAGCUCAGUUUGCAGCUGUCCUCUGCACUGCAUGCCUUGGAUAUUGGCGCUGUGGCAGGCGCCAUGGUAACAUCGCCGGACCACACCUGCGUUUUUGACUCCUCGCUCUUCCGCAAGUCUGACUGCUGAAGACUUCAGUCCCAGUGCAACGUAUAGAUCACCACGGCUUUGGCCCAUCUGCACUGCCACCCUAAGGUUGUUGGCCUGUCAGUAGAAGCAUGUUGGGACUGUUGCUUCCACUGAUGCCAAUAUGGUGCACUAGUGCUAUGCCAAAUGCAUCUGACUGUCUUGCUCUUUACAAACUGGCUGUCAACACUGAGCAUUAAUAAUAUACACAGCUUCCAUACUUUUUCUUUAAAGCUAGUCACUUGCGUCAGCCACUUACCACCAGGCCUGUCUGUCUUCCUUUAGAUUUCGGAGGUUACUUAAUUUUACGUUGGUUCUAUUGUUAAGUUACUCCAACCCUAUUUUCAUUAACUAUUGCCUUCUCUGAUUUUUUUCCCAUCAGAGUCCAACACGGUUCUGGCAUAUCAUAAUACGACCAUUUAUGUUUGCAGAUUCUGUUGUAGUAUGUAAUUCUCUAAAAAGAGGUUCAUUUGCAUUGCAAUCAUAGACGGAAAUGUGUGCUCACGAACAAAUAAGACAACGCAUAUAUUGACAUUUUGGCGCCCCCUACAGCCACAUUCUUCUGAAGGGAUGAGAUGUACAGGAGCCACGAUAAUGUGCGAUAAGAGUGAUGAAAUGUGUGCAAAUAUCUCUCAGACAAUUUUUAUUAAACAUAUAGUAGUUACAUUUGCAUUUCUAGUACUACAGUGAAAUCCCGACAAUUUGAAAUCUCUUAAUUUGAAUCAGCGGAUAAUUCGAACUUUCUUUUGGUCUUGCCAAAGCCCUAUGAAUUUGAGUAGAUAAUCCCGUGAAUUCGAACUCCAAAAACCCUGCAAUGGUUAUAUCGAACAAAAUCUCACACUCCCAUGCACUGCUUCUCAGACAAACCUGACCCAAAGGCGAAGGUUUGAUGCUUCGCUGCUACCGUAAUGUCAGUAAAAAUGAAAAGGAAAGACGUUUGGGAAGCCAAGACCAACCGGAGCAAGCCAAGCAGCGUGUGCCCUCCUUUCCCAUCUGGCUUAAGAGGAGCAAGAAGACCUCUCAGUACGCACUUGCUCACAUUACCGUGUGCUCAUCUGCCCCAUUUAAUCACAUUACGCCAUGCCAACGCUUGAUCACGUCAUCUUUAACACUGAGCACACAGGAGUACAGUACGCGUCAAACCGCUAUCCUUCUCAUCUCACCCUGGCAGUUUUCCUCGCACCGACAGCAAACAGCAUGCAAGGUGCUAUCUUAUCACACUAGGACCUUAUAUGGAAGCUAGGCUUCUUUUAGUGCAUGUUGCUCAUAGAUCGUGCAAAAGUUACACUUUUUCAGUGCGAGCCCAGUGACGAUUUCAGUUUUGCGCACUGUACCGCAGAAUUGAUCGGGUGCUAUAUUUAAAGGAGCUCUCCUCUGUUUUAUUCGAAUAAACUCCUGGUCCUCUUGGAGUUCUAAUUAAUGAGAUUCUACUGUAUCAUGCAUUUGCCAUUUGUGGCGUUCAUAGAACUCGCAGAGUUCACCUGCAGUCGCACAGUUCAGAUGCACAAGCUUUUUCUACUGCAAGCUUUCCUUAGCCCAUCUUCUGCAGGUGUACUUUGCAAAUGUAAAAACUAUUGCUUUGAUUACAGCACCGAUCGUGUAUUAAGCUUCAAUUCUAAGCCGAUACCAGUGGUAGAAGAAAUUGGUGGUAGAAAAGAAUGCACAAAUUUUUCGUACCAGAAACAUUGUUCAUUAAAACAUGUGCAUUACUUAUCUUACUUACGUCACACAAUCACUCGUCUUCCUCAUCGACACCACUUAAAUGUUUCAUGCUGAUCAGUUCCUAGUACGCAAAAGUGUUUAUGUAUUUAAGUAAAAUGAAGGCUUCCAUCUUGCGAUAGCUACAGAACUGGAUCACGUUAGUUAUUGUGCAAUCUCUUGCUCCACGAGGGGCAAAGUGAUUUCAUUAGUGACACACGGUCCACUGCUCUAUCUUUAUACUGGUGAACUUCGAUAUAUCGAACAUGGGUAUUACAAAUUAUCGGGUAUAAUAAAGUAAGUCUAAACUGUGUUCUGCCGAUAUCAGCGUGUAACAAAUACAUUUGACUUCCGUUAAUUUCACCCUGAUAGGACUGAAGAAAUUGAUCGAAAUAUCCGGCAGGUCAAAUUAAGCAAGAUGCAGAAAAAAACACCAAAACACACCGCUCAUUCAUGUGGCUGUAUUUUUCCAAUUUGAACACGCCCCCGAAUAAUACGCACGGCCACUUUUACUGUGUGUCCAAAGUAGAAAACUAACGUAGAAAUGACAUUAAAGAAAUCUAACGUGCGCACAUUUUUUUAGCAAGAAAAAUGGGCAAGAGUCUGAUAAGUGCUGCACGAUGGCAGCCUGUUUCCUAAAGUCAGCUUCGCCGCAAUACAUCCGUGUUAUGCGGUAAAACAUACGAACGCCGCGAAUGCGGUUUUGGUUUCGUAUCUGAUGCGCACCGUGCGAGCAAUUUGUGUCCGAAUGUUUCCAGAAAAAAAGAACAAGGCACGUGUUAGAAUAUGGUAAAUUCUAUAAUGAGACAUUGUGCACAAUGGUUAGUGCUUUAAAAUCUUCCUAGAGUCGGUCAAAAAUAAAUGUUUUCAACUGGAGAUGACGUGUCUUCAACGCAUUCACCGUCCCCUAAAUGCCGCUAAGACGCUUCCACUAAAAGGGUAACUAUUGGGGUUACCAUAAGGGUCAGGCACAUGCGUGCUGACUGGUCAUGUUCUAAUUAUCCAGUGAAGGCCACUUUUAGGAUUGAAAUAACAAAAGUUUGGGCCCAUAGAAAUGCAUGGGCACCGGCUGGGACUUUCGGUUGGGUUCAAAUUAACCCAAAAAUUUAAUUAACUAGAGUCUAAUUAACGAAAGUCUACUGUAUAUGCUUAUAACAAAUAUCGGAUAUAAAAAAAAGUAUUUCGUGUUGGGUGCUACAUUGUUAUAAUGUGGUGGAUCUAUGUAAAAUAAAAUCCGAGUUUCAUUUUGCCUGUAUAGAAAAGAAUACUUGGCUUAGACUCGAGUAAAUAUGGUACGCCAAUUAGUCGAGAAGUGUGAUGGCUCUGCUUUUAAUGGUUUGUUAGAAGCAUUUCUGCCAUCAGCUUUGAGCACUAAGAUGUAAUUGCAGCUGUUGCUGACGAGGAGUGGUUAAGUUAGUUUGCAGGGAUAAAAGCAGAUUUACUGUCAUGAACAAGUAAAAUAAAUAGGAAAGUACAAAAUAGAACACCUCUCACGAGUAAUAACUUGAAAGUGCAACGAUGGCGUGGGCCCAGGCUAAGCAUGCAAUGCGAAACAAUGCUGACGUCACACAAAGUAACGAAUGUGGAAACAGAAGACUGUGUUCGAGUUAGUCCUGCUUUGUUCACAAAUCAUUUGUCUACAAUAAUAAGGAUGCAUUUGGCACUGCACUAAUGCAUUCAUUUUGGCACCUCCCCUUGCAACUGUCAGGAAUUGUUCCCAUUUAGUAACAGUAGAGCAUUUUCACUAUGGCAGCCUUGCAUCAAAUUUUUUAAAGGGAUCUUGGGAAGGUUUCGAUUAGUUUUUAUCAGAGAAUGAAAAUGUUCCAGUGCUCCUGCAGUGUGUGUACUUCAGCAAACUUAGCUCCGCAUUCUUUCAGAGACCUCUUAAACCAUGGAAGUUUGUAGUUCAGUUUCCAAUUUUUUGUUGUAUUUGGUUGCAGUUCACAUAAAAUCAGGUGCAAAUUAUAGCCAUGUAUAGAGAAACAGCCAUAUAGUGGUAAAAAUCAGGUCAGAAUCGGUAAUCAUGCUCAGAAUAAUUAAUAAGUGAUAGAGGCACUGUUGCAUGGAAGCUGAUUAUUCUUGACCAGACAAGCUAGGUCAAACCCUAGAAUUCAAAAAUGAAAAAGCUACUGCAGUGGAGGCUGUGUGUCAGUAAACUUGCAUUUGAUACUUUAAUAUAAAGGCAAGCACUCCGGCAGGUUCGGUGGCCACAAAAGGCAGCAAGCUUCUCUCAAUGGGAGAGCACAGCCUCCCUUCUUUAAAGCUAGCUCACAAAUAGUGCAAUCUUCUGUGUGCAUGUGUGUGUGAAUCCAUUGCAGGGUACUUUCACGUGCGAUCGGUCUGUAUGUAGCCUGUAGUCAUUAGGUCUCAAUCACAGGACCUUUAGUCUCCAACCCUCCUUGAAAUUGAGCACAUUUGGUGAAUGUUAGUCACUAUACUUUUGGUUCCUCAAGAGCAGUUAUGCCUAUUCCUACAUUCACCAAACGGGCUGUAACUGACACUCUUACACGAAAGUGACGCGUGACCUGACUAGGAGAAACAGUUUCGCCUUUCAUAAGAAUGAAUGCUUACUGUACGCCUGUGUGAAUGUGAAAAUGGUGGAAUUAAAUGUCAUGUAAAACUCUUUUUGCAUAGCAACACGUGUCUGUGUACAUGGUUUUGAAGUAAAAUAUAUUGAUUAUGCAAAA